AUUGCAAAUGAAUACAACAAAACAGCAACACUCGUAUUAAUAAAUACAUUAUUUUGCGGAAAUAUGCCACGACAAUGGAUGUUUAUAUGUGCUCAACUUGCCGUACUUGCUUCAGCUCUUGUUGACUACGUCUGUGCAGCCGAGAACCAGUAUGGAACUAUAUCAAUGGUAGGACCCGCCUUUGUGAACAGGGAGGUAACACUGAAAGCGACACCGCUCUACCCUUGGAGAUGUCAGGUAGAAUGGAGGUACAUAAUGGAAGGUGGUACACAAUUACAAACAAUGCAUGGGCAAAAUGCUACAACAUAUUCGGAGGAUGGGUCAUUCUUUUUAAAAUGGAGGGCUUCAAUUGAGUACAACAAAUCUGAAUUCUACGCCGGAUGUUCAACAAACGAAAUGAUUAGAACACGCUUUGUACCUUUACAUCUGAAAGAUAUUGUUGGAACAUGUGGAGCUCUCAAGAUUCUAAGCCCGGUUGUUCGCGGCACCGGCGUUGAACUUGGAUAUUUUCCGUCUGACUAUUCCAUACAGCACCAAACAAACACGGGACGAACAUGGAAAAACAGCGUCACGGACAUAGAGCCACGAGCAGGGUCUUACGAAGAGAAAAAAGUUUCUGAUUAUUUAUACAUAUUGACUAUAUUUAGCUUUGGAGAAAAAGAUGAAGGAACGUAUAUUAUAAAGUGCAACUCAGAUAGCUACUCGAAUUCUGUGCAGCUUCAUACACCAGAGCGACCGAGUUACCCAGUAAUUGAUGGUCCAACUUCCACUGACUUUAACACAACCGAAUGUAUUUAUGUUUAUGUUGGCUCCGAUAUUUAUUGCAAAACAAACAAUGGAACAGAACCCGUACAAGUAGUACUUUUACUGGGUAAUGAUUCAUUUGUUCUUGCCGAAGGCGAACGGAAGAAAGGAUUGUACCGAUUUCUUAACGUUCAUCAACAUAUGGAUGGACUGUCAAGACGGAAUGUGACAUGCCAGGUUUCUAAUGUAGCCCUUGAAACACCCUACGAAGUGCGCGGCAUUCUCUGUAACGUGGAGAAAGGUAACCCGCCUAUCCUAACACUUCCUGAAUUCCUUGAUGGAGAAAGUUCGACAACAAUAUGUGAAGUGCGCAAUGCUAUCCCCGCUCCGGAAAUAGUAAUACACGUUGACGAAGUAUUACUGGCUGAUGCUCAACAAACCGAUUCAUUUAAUAGAUCAUCUCAUACGUUCACAAGUUUAGCAAAGGUGACAAAGGCUGACAAAACGUGGAAUGGAAAAGAAAUGUGCUGCUCCAGGAAAAUAAAAUAUAAUAUUGGUAUUAAAGAUGUGUCAGUCUGCAAACACAUUAAUAUGAAAUGUGACCCGACUAUGAAUUUGAACACGACAUCACCUGUUAAUUUAUAUCCGGAUAUUACAGUGACCGUCAAAUGCUAUGUUGAUGACAGCGAUGCUAAAGGACGAUGGACGCUUUCGUGGAAAGAUGAGAAUAGCACUGUUAUGAAGACUUGUAACAAAACAGAUGAAUGCCUGUUAAUACUUUAUUAUGCGAGAGAUGGCGAAAAUACAUACACUUGCAACGCUUGGAAAACAAACGAGCUUUUGAAAAAUUCCUUGACCGUUAUAAGCGCAAGAACAGAUGGAAGUCAAUCCUACGAAACUGACAUUCAUACAUUCCGAUUUCCUGUCAUCAAUGUACUUAUCGGAGCAGGUGUUAUAUGUGGACUCUGCAUCCUGUUUGUUAUUGGAAGAUGGAUAUAUCUGAAACGGCUGAAGGUCAACACAACUGACACAGUAGAAAUUGUUGAAAAUCACAGUGACACCUCAUCGGACAAUGGAGUGCUACAUAUAGCAACAGAAGGAGUCCAGUAUGCUGUCGUGCAUAGGCAGGCGGCCACACAGAGGAUUGAAACGCAGAACCCACAGGAUGAAGAAUGCCUCAAAUACGCUGAAUUGGACGUUAAGUUCCUACAGGCAGCCAACGCCAGAGUUCCGUCAUGGAAAAAGAAUACGCCGACGGAGUAUGCUGAAAUUGAGUUCUUUUCGACACAGGGACCUGCUGUCGAACAACCUGGGUACCAUUAUGCAUCAGUGUAAAUGGAGAUCAAAGACCAAAACAUAUAACCAAAACAUUCGGCCUUAUUGUAUGUUUUGGAUAUUAUAUUUCAUAUGUUUCAUCUUUUACAAAAUCAAUUGUACCAAUAUUGUAAAGUUUUGUUAAAUUGUUAAAGUCAUAAUUCAAUGUUUUUGUAAUUAUACAUUUAUUCUAUAUGGUACGCACCGUAAUCAUACCACUUCUUAUAAAAAUGUUUUGCUACAUAGUAUUUUUUUUAUGUAUGGUGUCUAGACUGAAAACUAUUUUUUAGAAAACGCAUAUUAUUGGAUUCUCAAUUGCUUUAGCAACAUGUUGUAUGAUUUCAUUCAUCCCAAGUGGUCUCUUUUACAUGUAAUUUUCUUAUGUUCUAUAAUUCAGAUUUAAUUCUGAACAAUGAGAAUAUUUUUGUGUAAAUGUGUAAGUGUACAUCUACGCGUAUACACAUACUCGAGUAAAACUUGCAGUACAACAAGUACGCGUAUUUUCACGUUUUGUCUCACUGAUAUUGAUAUAAUAUAAUAUUCCUCGUGCUACCUUAUAUGCCGUUACAAACUUCAUGCAAUGUACAUACAACAGGAUGAAAUUGUGCACAUAAAGUAGCCGACACGGUCAUGUACAUCUUCAUUUAGUGCUUCACAACCUUUGUAAAGAUUUAUAAUACGGUGACUUAAAGGGCCGGGUGAUAUUGUUAAUACAUUCGAGUCAAAGCUAUGAUAUGUAACAUAAUAAAUGCUUAAUGCACAUAAUACUUCAAUAUACAAUGAUAUCGAAUUUAUGCUAAUAAAUGUAUACUUCUCCAAUAGAUUGUACUAGAUGGUAACGGACUACGCAGUCUGCACCUCGAUAUAACGAAGGGACUUAUAUCGUACUAUUAUUUUGCAAUGUUUGGACAAGUUGAGUAUGUUGAGAUCUCGUUAUCUUGAGUACACCCAUUCCUAAGUUACCCUUUUCGCUCUAUGUUUUGAUGAUGAAACCAAAACAUUUAUUUAUUUACGAGGCUUUGAUAUUUAUAUCACCAUGGCAAAACAUUUUGCAUGUGAAUAUGUAUUUUGUAUGUGUCCUUUUCAUUUUUAGCUCACCUAAGCACGAAGUGCUCAAGGUGAGCUAUUGUGAUCGCCCUAUGUCCGUCGUCCGUCGUAGUCGUCCGCCGUCGUCAUUCGUCAACAAUUUGACUGUUAACACUCUAAAGGUCACAAUUUGGGCACAAUCGUAAUGAAACUUGGUCAGAAUGUUACCCUUAAUAAAAUCUUGAACGAGUUCGAUAUUGGGUCAUCUGGGGUUAGAAACUAGGUCACCAGAUCAAAUUAAAGGAAAUGCUUGUUGAAACAAUAGAGGUCACAUUUAUGACUAUAUCUUCAGGAAACUUGGUAAGAUUGUUAAUAUUAAUAAUAUCUAGGUCAAGUUCGAAUCUGGGUCAUGUGCCGUCAAAAACUAGGCUACCAGGUCAAAUCAUAGGAAAAGCUUGUAAGCACUCUAGAGGUCAUAUUUAUGACUCUAUGUUCAGGAAACUUUGUCAGAAUGUAUUUAUUGAUUAGCUCUAGGCUAAGUUCGAAUCUUGGUGACAUGUGGUCAAAAACUAGGUCAACAGGUCAAAUUUAAGGUAAGGCUUGUUAACAAUCUAAAGGUCAUAUUUAUGACCAAAUGUUCAUGGAACUUGAUCAGAAUGUUAUUCUUGAUGAUCUUUAUUGGAUCAGGUGAGCGAUACAGGGCCUUCAGGGUCCUCUUGUUCAUUAGUUGGAUUGUUUCCGUAGGUUUUGAAAUUUGUACCUUUAAACCAAAUAGCAUUACACUAUGUUUGGCAUUUCUGCUUGUCAUUGUAGUUUCCAUUGUAUUGUUAAAAGGGUAAAUAGUCGGCUUACCAGAUCUGGAAUCUCAAAUGCCAAUGUAAAGUCCAUGGUAUUUUCUUUUACAAUCAUGGACUCCAGAUUAAUACUAUUUUGUAUUUCAAAAUGACCUAUAUUAUUAAAAAAAUCUAAUGAAUGCAAUAACAAACAUGAUAUGAGUGUUUGUUUCUUUGUUGUUUAUAUAACAAAAAUAUAAUGUAAUAACAAACGACCGUAAUAUAAAAUGCCAAUGUGUUGUUAUUAAAGAAUGUUUUAUGUAACUUUGACACCUAAAUUAUACAACAAUGGUUUUGAAUGAUAUUCUGUCAAAAUGGUAAUUUUGGUGUGUAUCAAAAUGACCGCUCUUAUUAAAAAAACAAAUGAAUGCAAUAACAAACAUUAUAUAAGUGUUUGUGUCUUUGUUGGUUAUAUAACA